AUGGUCGCCAGCAGCUUGGGGUUACUUGCCGAAGCAGUACCCCUCAACUCCCCUUCUGUCAAGUUCAUAUCUCCCUCAAAAGUCAGCCCCGGCAGCGCACAAAAUGUUGUUGUGGAAUACAACGGCGAUGUCGACGGGCACUUUACUCUGACCUAUGGCGCAUGUAGCGACGAACUAUCUGUAGCGGAAGCCCGCCAGCAUGUCGGAUCCACGCACGUUGGUCAGCAUCCUCUGGCUAAGCGCCAUCUCGAUCACCAGGACAAACGGCCCACGCGAUUUGUCUGGUUGACACCUGAGGGUAUCUCUGGUGGUUGUCUCAGUGCCUUCUUGGACGGAGAACUUAUCGGCCAAUCUGAUGAGCUCGACGUCGUUAAGCGUCUUGCACGUCGGACCGCGACGAAGAAGUCAUUUGCGGACGUGGCCGGUGAUGACAGUUUGUGGUUCGAUGGUGUUGCAUAUCUCAAACAGAAGCAGCCAGAUGAUGUCUUUGUGACCGCGACAAAGAACAAGAGCUUUGGCAUUUUGGGCGGCGGCAUGUCUGGCCUUUUAUCCUCGCUCAUUCUCGACUCUGUCGGCAUCCACAACUGGAAGAUCCUAGAGUCUUCUGCACGAAUUGGUGGCCGCGUCAGAACUGUUUACUUGAAUGGUACCUCGCCAGAAGACGGCCAAUACCAUGAACUUGGACCCAUGAGGUUCCCUUACGAACUCACCGACUCAGAGACAAACGAGACAUUUCCUUUCAUGGAUCAACGAAUGAUCUUCCAGCUAGCUGAUGUUCUCAACGAAAUGAACGCAGGCAACAAAUCGCUUCAAGUAGAGUUCUGGGACUGGAUCCAAAGUUCUCCAAAUACACCCGUCGACACACCUUUCCGACGACCAGAUGGUACAUGGCCUACCAAGGCUGAAGUGGCGAAUGACCCAGCAUACUACAACCCGCCUGUCUACCAUAAUGCGACAGCAGCUGAGGAAGCUAUCGAGGCCUUGGAUGACUUCAAAGGGAUUACUCCCGAGCGCAUUCGUAUGUAUGCAUCCAAUAUCUUCAAAGCGUACAAGCAAGCCAAAGAAGAUGGAGCAUUCGAUUACUCCGAGGUAUCAUACCUUCGAGAUGUGAUCAAGACAGACCUCAACACGACAGAUGAAGUCUCGCCCUCUCAUAUCUAUUGGCCUAUGUGGGAGUAUGAGACUAUUUACUUCCUCGCUAGCAAAUGGGUCACUAUCAAAGGUGGUCUGAGCAGGUUACCCGCUGCAUUUGAGCCGCACGUGAAAGACAGAGUUCAGUACAACGCCAAAGUUAACGGUCUGCACUACAACAAGAACAAAACUCUAUCUGUGUUCUGGAAACCUACUGGCUCUGACCCUUUCAGUACGCCGAAUAAUGUUGAGAACUUUGACUAUAUACUCAACAGCGUACCUCUCAACUUGAUGAAAUUUUGGAAGAUGCCACGAUACUCAAGUCUUCUCAAGCGGGCCAUCGAUAGGACCUUAUAUGCCAACGCCUGUAAGGUUGCUGUUCAGUUCAAGACGCGCUUCUGGGAACAUCUUGAUCAGCCUAUCAUUGGCGGUUGUACUCGUCUCACCAGCCCUCAAUUAGGCCAAGUCUGCUAUCCUUCAUGGCACAUCAACUCCACCGGCCCCGGAACCAUGCUGGCAUCUUAUCUAUCCGACUACGAAGCAACAGCCGCGUGCGCCAUGUCAGAAGAGGAACAUCUAGCCUACAUAAAGAACUCCCUCAUCGAAGUCCACGGCGAUGUAGUCGAAGAGAACUGGACGGGCAAUUGGGCGCGUCAAUGCUGGGAGAGCAGAUCAUUGUUAUGCCCUGUGUAUAUAUCAGUUAGCAGCUUAAAAAGCGAACUUAGAUUUCACGGAAUGAAACAAAGGCCGCAGUUUCUGUUUACUCCUCCUUAUACAAUUGGUUGUUAUGGUAAAGCUGUCUUUUGCUAUUGUUGGUUGACAAGUUUGUAG